CAGAGUAGUAGUACUCUGUACUUGUACUCCAGUAGUUAGGCGCAGCUCCUUCCCUCCUAUAUCCCAAUCAACGCCCACAGAGAAAAGAAACACUAAAAGCAGCAGAAAGAUAAGGAGAGAAAAAAAAGUACCAGCGAGAGCUACAGAUCAAUAGAGAUACAUCACCUGGCUUCUAAUUCCGCACUCCUCUUUCUUCUCUAGCUCUCUCGUGCUGUUCUCCACAGCUCUAGCGGUGGUGGCGGCGGCCAAGAAGUGAGUUUGUGAUCCAGGGAGCCUCAAGGAAGGAGAUGGCGUGGUGGGCAGGGACAAUGGGCGGCGUGGACAUCCGCAACCACCUGGCUCAGUUCGCGACCGCCGGCUCCAUGGCCGUCGGCGGGGGCGAGCAGGGCCCGACGACACCAAACAGCAGCGGGAGCAACAACCAUGAAGAGUCCUCGGGAGCCGCGCAGGACUCCCCCACCGCCGGCGCGGGAGAGAACUCGCCCACCCCGAACGCUACCUCAGGUGCGUCCGGCGGAAGCGGGGGCGGGGGCGAGGGUUCAUCGUCGGGGAGGCGGCCGCGCGGAAGGCCGCCGGGGUCAAAGAAUAAGCCGAAGCCCCCAAUCAUCAUCACGCGUGAGAGCCCCAACGCGCUGCGGUCGCACGUGCUGGAGAUCGCCGGCGGCGCGGACAUCAUGGAAGCCGUAGCCACGUUUGCGCGCCGCCGGCAGCGCGGGGUGUCCGUGCUCUCCGGGAGCGGCGUCGUCGCCAACGUCACGCUAAGGCAGCCCGCGGCCCCGCCAGGAGCCGUCGUCACGUUGCACGGCCGCUUCGAGAUCCUGUCCCUCUCCGGCGCCUUCCUCCCAUCGCCGUGCCCGCCCGGAGCCACGGGGCUCGCAGUCUAUCUUGCAGGCGGGCAGGGCCAGGUCGUCGGUGGCACAGUCGUCGGCGAGCUCGUGGCAUCUGGCCCCGUCAUGGUCCUUGCGGCCACUUUCUCCAACGCCACAUACGAGCGGCUCCCUCUGGCCGAUGAGGAACCCGGUGAGAUAGCAGCCGCGGCUGCAGCGGCCGCCGGUUCCGAUGGGAUGCAGCUGCCUGAGGGCUCGCCUCCGGGAGGCAAUGGCAGGGAAGCUGCGGCAGGGGUUCCUGGUUUGCCGGACCCCACGUCGAUGCCUUUCUACAACCUGCCACCGAACCUGAUUCCCAACGGCGGCGGUCAGAUGGCGCAUGAGGUGUUCGGGUCAUUCCGGCCACCGCCGCCCGCGUUCUAGCUAGGUCUCGUCCUCCUUUCUUGUUUACGCCCCUUUGUUUAAAUGUUCCUGUUAAAUUAUCUAGAUUUGUUUGCUAGUUGGCUUAACUACUUUUAAGUAGGCAAAGAGACUCCAAUUUGAUCUUGGUGCGAUCAUACUUUUCUUCUGUUCUUCA